UCCGAUGGCGGAGGAGAAGCAGGACUUGGUGAUGUUUGAAGAUGUGGCCGUAUAUUUCUCCAGAGAGGAGUGGGGACUCCUUAAUGUGACCCAGAAGAGUCUAUACCGUGAUGUGAUGCUAGAGAACUUUUCACUCAUUAGUUCACUGGGUUGCCUGUGUAGAGUGGAGGAUGAGGAAGCUCCUCUCAAGCAAGUGAAGAACUGCAGAGCCCAGCUGUCAGAGAAGUCCUUUAUGUGGAGAGAGUCUGAGAAGUAUGUCCCAGCUACUUUAGGAUUCCUCCAGCACCAGAAUACCCAUAGUGAGGGGAAACCAGGCAGGAGCACUGAGCAUGGAGCAGCCUUCCCACCAGGUUCCAGUCAUGGGCAGCAGCUAAGAGUUCAUGUGGCACAGAAGCCCUUCAAGUGCAGUGACUGCGGGAAGGUCUUUCUGAAGGCCUUUGCUCUCCUUGACCAUCUGAUAACUCACUCUGAAGAGAGAUCCUUCAGAUGUCCAGUGGGCAGAAGUGCCUUCAAGGAGAAAUCAGCUCAUAUUAACCACCGAAAAAUUCACACCGGAGAAACAUCCCAUGUGUGUAAUGAGUGUGGAAAGGCCUUCAGUUACCCGUCUAAACUGAGGAAGCACCAGAAAGUUCACACGGGCAUAAAACCUUUCGAGUGUAAUGAAUGUGGAAAAACUUUCAAUCGCAAAGAUGCACUUGUUCUGCACCAGAGGAUUCACACUGGAGAAAGGCCUUAUGAAUGCAGCAAAUGUGGGAAAGCCUUCAGUGUUCUGUCUACUCUCAUUCGGCAUCGGAAGGUUCACAUUGGAGAUAGACCCUAUGAGUGCACGGAAUGUGGGAAGUUCUUUAAAUAUAAUAAUAGCUUUAUUCUUCACGGGAGAGUUCACACUGGAGAAAGGCCUUUUGAGUGCAAGCAAUGUGGGAAAGCCUAUGUGACCCGCUCUGGUCUCUAUCAGCACUGGAAAGUCCACACUGGGGAACGACCCUAUGAGUGCAGUCUGUGUGGGAAAACCUUCACUACCAGGUCCUACCGCAAUCGGCACCAGCAAUUCCACACUGAAGAGAGGUCCUACGAAUGUACAGAAUGUGGAAAAGCCUUCAAACAUAGUUCUACCCUCCUCCAGCACAAGAAAGUCCAUAUUGUACAAAGGCCUCAGGAGGACAGGGCAAUUGGGAAAGCUGUUAGCUGCUAGCACCUUGAUCAUCUUGACUGGUCUAAUUCCAGAAUAGAGAUUGAGGAGAGGUGUCUCUAUGAGAGUGCUAUCUGAAAGAAGCUAAACCUUGCACAUCCCAUCA